AACCUUGACAUGACCUUCUUGUCAAGAUGACCACCUUUUUCUUCUCUGGCUUUCAUCCCGGGCCCAAUUUCCUCUCGUCCUGCUAGUUUCACGUUACGGUUCCACCCAUACCGUUUUUACCGUGAUUUUUCUAUUUUUGCUCGUUCCUGUUCCAUGGUCAAUGCCGAACCUGGAUCAUUGGAUUUUAACCUGCUUUUGGAUGAAAUUGAAUCUGGCAGUACUGGAUCAAUUUCCAAUGUUAUCCGUAAACUGAGGGAGCAUGAAGUUGCAGCCUAUAAAGCGGGUGUCGGCGGUCCAACAGGGGAGUUGGUUGCUAGAUAUAUAUCUGCCUUAGACGCCCGGGCUGCAGAAAGAAAUUCAGAGAUACAAAAGACAUGUGCUUAUCACUACCAAGGAUUCGUUGAUGCCACCAGAGAACUCAUUGAAAUACAAUAUGGUGCAAACAAAAUGCAAGAAAGCAUACGUGAUUUGGACUCGAGACUGGAGUAUGCUGUGAAGCAGAACACCCGCCGAUGUUGUCUGCCACAAACUGCCGACCAGUGCCCGAAAGCAUCACAAGCCUGCAUUGUAAUCUGGAGGUCCCACGCGCGAACACUGGUGGCUGCAUGGUAGCGAAGCUUCGGUACAUCAUACAGGCGUUUUGUCGGCCCGUAGUCUAGAGGUAACAAGCUUGUCUCGCAAUCUUGCGGCGCGGAUUCGAAUUCGCGUAGGGGUGGACGUCCUCGCGCUAUACUCAGCCCACGUGCGACUGUUGGUGGUCGCACGGCAGCGAAGCGCCGUUACGGCGUACAGCUGACACAUUACUUAUUACGAACGUAUUGCUGUUGCCUUUUUACUAUAAAAUGGAAGGGGAGUGAAGAACUUGGACAUCUUGAGCGGACGCCGUUUAAUGUUGAAAUAGCCUCCAGUAGCUCGUAGAUUCUGAUGUGACCUUUGAUGUUCAGUCGGUGAUCGUAGGGAUAAGGCGCCUGUAUUGCGAUCAAAAAGUUGCUGAUUCGGGCUUGCGCAGGCGCGGACGACUUCGCCGAAUACCCGGCCCACACGCAGCCUGUGGCGGUUGCGUGACAGCAAAGCGUCAGUACACCGACUCAUGCAGCGCAUUAUCUAAUUGCAAAGUCACUUUGGAGAAUGUUAACGAAUGUAUUAGUGCUCUCAACAUGACAUUACCUAUGCUGGAACAGUAUCUGAAGAUCGGGCAAAGUAUUGCUGAAGGACGCUAUUACCACGCACUGCGAACACUGGAGGAUCUAGAACAUACAUGGUUGCAACGCUUGCGACCUUAUGCAUUCUCUGAGUUUAUCAGUAGACAGAUUCCCAAACUACGAACUGAAAUCAAGAGCGCUAGCUUGGCUGGGCUGACGGAUUUUUUGGAAAAUAUUCGGAAGCACUCCGUUCGUCUGGGUCUCAUCGCAAUGCGCGACACCGGCGAAGCUACUGGGAUGGACAACAGCUGCUUAGUGAUGACGGAGACGGAAGGACUAGAUUCACAGUGCGCCUUCGUAGGACUGCCGAACGGGACCGAUACAUCUCUUACAGACCACUCCACAGUGCGCAAACAGUCGAGUUCUUCAAACGCUUACGAUCCCAAUUUGGCCGCGUUAAACACAGAAUUGGAGGAUCUGGAAAGGGUUAUUUCUAAUCGGCUAGAUGAAGGUGAGAAGCCGAUUGCUCUGUCUCCUGCGUUGGAUUGCAAUGAAGUUCGUUUCCGCACCGAGGAUUUGGUCGACUUCGGUCCUGUGUAUCGGUGCCUGUACAUCCACACAGUUUUAAACGAGCGAGGGGAAUUCGAGCGCUACUAUUGUGCACAGCGACGUAAACAAUGCCAAUUAUCUCUGAGUAUCUCGUCCAACAAACAGGCUACCAUGCGCAAUUAUGGGGAAUUUUUCGGCUCUAUUUGCGGAUUCUUCGUGGUCGAUGAUUACCUACGCCGCACGUUACCCGGUCAGUCUGCUUCCUAUAAAACUUAUCUAGAUGAGUUGUGGAGCGCCACGGUGGAUCGCUUGGUGGAAUUCGCUCGAAUCAAUUCUGGAGCUUGUUUGUCGGCAAAGGAUCUAAUCCGUCUGAAGGACUACACCGUACUUUUCAAUCGGACGAUGGCCAGCCUAGCAUUUCCCACUGCUGGCCUGUCUGAGAUGAUCACCUGGAUUCAACGGAGGUACCAGCACCUCCUAGCAAAUCAAUGGAGAGAAAAAUUUGAACAAAUUAUGAAUGAAGACACAUUCAGUCCGAUCAAAAUUGACUCUCCGGAAGACUUAGUCGAACUGACGCGCCAGUACCCCCACUGCAUCACACCGGAUUUCAACGCUCUUCCUUAUCCAAAGCAGUUAUGUUACUCUCGGAUGGUCCCACGUAUUUACUCCACCAUGCAAGAGUACGUUGAUUUGUGCCUCCAAUUCUGUGCACACGUGGACGUGGCAUACAGUGAAUUAGAGGACACUGUGAACCGCGCCACAAACGCGCUGUUCACCGAUUGUUUGAACGCGGUGUUGCAUUCACACGUCCGGCAAUCGGAGAGGGUGUUACCUCGCCUCAUACAGUUUUGCAUUAACCUAGAAGAACUGGAGGCCGCAUACGGUCACUUGGGUUCCUACAUACAGCAGCUGCUACCCUCCCCUUCGAUCGAUGAGAUCGGUGAAUUAAGUGGUCGCAUGGCCACUAGUGAUCACCAGAAAUCCGACACCAAUACGGACACCACUCCGUCGUUAGGCAUUACGACGCCUCCCCGAAGCAGACUUCAUGGAGCGUCCCUCCUAAAAGAUAUCCACGCGCUUGUCGAGAGUCUCAUAUACGGACAUCUGAACGCACGUGUCGAUGAAUUUAUCGCAAUGAUCGACUACAGCGCCCUUGGUGAAAAUAUUGCUGAUGGAGUCGUUAACGGAGAGCAUAAAUUGGCCUUGAAGCCGAACGAACAUAUAGUUGACUUGAUUUCAUGGCUCGUCAACACGUUCGAGGCGCUCUCCAACAUCCCGCCCAAAGUCGCACAAACAGCUUGCAUUUCUGUGUGCAAGCGUAUCGCCAACGCGCUAUACGAUUUGCUGCUCAAUUCACAACCUGGUAAUUUAACAGAUAUGUAUAUACUGCAACUGAGUACCGAUUUGAACCACUGUGAGAAUUUUGUUCGGUCCCAUCCUGUGCCUGGGCUGGAUCGGAACGUGCUUUUCCUUAUCUUCACUGAUUUGCGCCAGUUGCUGGAUCUAUUUCGGAGAGAUGACUGGAUUGCUUAUGUCUCUUCAAGAAAUAAACCGGGUAACCCAUACGACCGAGUUCCUCCAAACGUUGCGCUUAAAUUGCUGGAACGUGUCCGUGAUGGAGAAAAGAAACGGAGCGGCUUUCUGAACGUGAUGCGGAAGGAGGAGCGCGACAGGAGAAAGAAGAUCGACGAUGUUAUCCGUCAGCUUCGUGAUAUAAAUUUCGCAUCCCGCCAGUGAUCUCCAAAACCAAUGUGUACAACAUACUAAAGGGAACGUUGCACAUCCGAGCACGCCCCUUUGCACCAGUGAUCCCACAGACGGUGAUUUAUGAAUUAAACACCCAUCACGUCAUUCGAUCUUGUCCCGACGACCACGUCGCUUUUGCUUCGCUUUUUAUGAUGCGUUUUUUUAUCUGCAAGCACCUUACGAGACUGCGCCGCACUUUGUACCACGUAUUACUCCCACAAAAUUGGUGCGUUGGAAUAGAUACGUGAUCCUAUGUU